GGUCAUCACUGCAACGCUGAGGACAUACGGUGCUCACUCUGUAAAUACCAGGACUCAUUACUUUGUCAAUGGCCAGAGAUGUGUGUGCUCUGCUCCUAACUGGCGUGCACUCUCCCACGCCCCACGCGCACCUGCACAGUGCUGCUAGGUCUUUGAUUGCUGUAACAGCACUUGGGAUACAGAAUCUGCGGGGUCAUCCUGUGAAGGAGUGAGGAGUAGGUGGAGUCUGUGAAUAAUCUGCGCAGGCGCAGAACGUAUUGCAGCGGCGCCUACCGGCCACUAGGAGCCUCAGGAGCCCCUGGAUUCGCCCCGCCUCCGGGGUCAAGGGUCAGCGGAUGGGGAAAGAUCUGCUACAAGUGGCGGGCGUCCGAGGUCCCGGCGCUAUGGCACCGCCGCAGCGCUGUCCUCUGUGCCGCCAGACCUUCUUCUGUGGUCGCGGACACGUCUACAGCCGCAAACACCAGCGGCAGCUGAAGGCAGCUUUGGAGCGGUUUCUGCCCCAAGUGGAGGCCGCCCGCAAGGCCGUCCGCGCCGCGCAGGUGGAGCGUUACGUGCCCGAGCACGAGCGGUGCUGCUGGUGCCUGUGCUGCAGCUGCGAGGUGCGGAAGCACCUGAGCCACGGGAACCUGACGGUGCUGCACGGGGCGCUGCUGGAGCACCUGGCCAGCCCAGAGCACAAGAAAGCAACCAACAAAUUCUGGUGGGAGAACAAGGCCGAGGCCCAGAUGAAAGAGAAGUUUCUGAUCUCCCCCCAGGACUACGCACGAUUCAAGAAAUCCAUGGUGAAAAGUUUGGAUUACUAUGAGGAAAAAGAGGAUGAGGUGAUCAAAGAGAUGGCAGCUCAGAUCCGCGAGGUGGAGCAGAGCCGGCAGGAGGUGGUCCGAUCUGUCUUAGAGCCUCAGGCAGAGCCAGAUCCAGAAGAGGGCUCUUCAGCACCUGGAAGCAGGAAAGGGACAAACAGCCAAGUAGCCUCCAGUUCACAGCAGCCCUCAUUCUUGGACCUGCCACCAGCUCCAGAACUUGACUGGAUGGAGCCCGGACAACCUCUGACAUUCAUUGGCCACCAGGAUGUACCUGGAGUUGGUAACAUCCACUCAGGUGCCACACCUCCCUGGAUGAUUCAAGAUGAGGAAUACAGCUCUGGGAACCAACAAAUAGGACCUUCCUAUGAAGAAUUUCUUAAAGAAAAGGAGAAAGAAAAACUCAAGAAGCUCCCCCCAGACCGAGUCGGGGCCAACUUCGAUCACAGCUCCAGCACCAGUGCAGGCUGGCUGCCUUCUUUUGGCAGAGUUUGGAACAACGGGCGUCGCUGGCAGUCCAGGCAUCAGUUUAAAACUGAAGCUGCAGCAAGGAAUAAACAGCAGCCUCAUAAAGAAACAAGCUGAUCAUUCCCAGGUGUUCUUGCACAACCAACCCCCACCCACCCAUACUCUUCCCGCCAAGCCCUUUGCUAUGAAACACACGUACCCAUUCAUUUGAUUUAAUAAUAAAUUUUUAUUUUUUCCAAAUGUA